AUGGAGGAAGACCACCUGCGCAUCAGUAUCCUAGUCAAGGAUGGUGCAACAAGCCAUAAUGCUGAGGAAUCACACUCUCUACUGGAAGUAUGCCAACAGCCAGAGCUGAAAUGUACAAGUUCUGACUGGAAAGCGCCUGCAAUCAUUCUCGGAUUUGAAUGCCUGGAGAGCAUGGCUUUCAAUGGUGUCGCUACAAACCUAGUCGUGUAUAUCCGCUCAGUUCUCCAUGGUGGCAUUGCUUCAAGUGCAUCAACUGUUUCUCUUUGGUAUGGUACGAGCUUCUUUGUACCUAUACUUGGAGCUGUCAUGGCGGAUGCUUACUGGGGAAAUUACAAGACUGUCUUGAUCUCCCUUACAAUGUACCUACUUGGCAUGGUACUCAUUACAGUUGGAGCUUUUAUACCUUCUGCUCCAGCCUUAUGCAACUUGAACCCAUGCCCGUCAUCAAAAGGAACACAAAAUGUGAUUUUCUUCUCUGGUUUGUAUCUAACUGCUGUUGGUUGUGGAGGAGUAAGGUCUGCAUUGCUUCCACUUGGUGCUGACCAAUUCAACAAUGAGAAUGGCGUAGAUAUGCAAAAAAGGAGGAAUUUCUUCAGUUUGUUCUAUAUCUCUGUCAUCUUUGGUGUGAUAACUUCAGGAACCAUUGUAGUUUGGAUUCAGGAAAAUGUGAGCUGGGCUUUAGGUUAUGGCAUUGCCACCACGUGUAUAGCUCUCGCUUUGGUAGGCUUUGUGGUUGGAACACCAACAAUUCGGCGGCGUGAGCCCAGUGGUUCCCCAGUGAAAAGUAUUUUCCAGGUUAUUGCUGCUGCUUGUAAGAACAUGGACUUAGCACUCCCUGCUGAUAGCUCUCUCCUUUAUGAAGCCACUAGCAAGAAUGCACACACCAGUGAAUCAAAAUUAGCUCACACUGAUGAUUUCAGGUUCUUAGAUAAGGCGGCUGUUAUUUCUGAUCUGCGCUUGGACAACCGCAGUAGUCAAAAUUCAUGGAGGAUCUGUACUAUAACUCAGGUUGAGGAAUUAAAAAUACUAAUGCGCUUGCUUCCAAUAUGGGCAACUGGAGUAUUAUUUGGUGCUGCAAUAUCACAAAUGCACACUACGUUCAUUCAGCAAGGAAUUGUGAUGAACACCAAGAUUGGCUCGCUUUCCAUUCCACCAGCUUCUUUGUAUUCCUUUGAAGUGAUCUGCGUGGUGCUUUGGGUUCUUCUUGUGAACAGAGUCAUUGUACCAGCAACUAGGACAUGCUUCGCAAGCGGAGUGGAGCUAACACAGUUGCAGAGGAUCGGGAUAGGUCGUUUCCUGAUGAUCUUUGCGAUGGCAAUGGCUGCCCUUCUAGAAAAGAAGAGGCUACAGAGUAUCCAGCAUGGCGAGCAAUUAAGCAUCGUGUGGCAGCUCCCACAGUACUUUGUUAUCGCUGGGGCAGAAUGCUUUGCCGUCAUCACUCAACUGGAGUUCUUCCACGGUCAGGCGCCGGACUCCAUGAAGAGCAUGCUGACAGCGUUGGCGUUGCUCACCGUAGCUGUGGGCAACUACUUGAGCUCAGCUAUGAUCACCCUUGUUGCAGGGGUGACAAGGGCAUGGCAUAGCCCUGGAUGGAUACCUGAUGAUCUGAACGAAGGACAUCUUGACUACUUCUACUGGUGUCUUACAGCCAUCUCAUUUGUAAAUUUCCUUGUCUAUAUCUAUUUUGCUAGCAAAUACAAAUUAAAGAAAAUUAUUAUGCACGGCUAAAAUCCCUUGUAACCACACCAAUUGUAAGUAGUUAUAGGCCACACCGCCACAGAGCUACAGAAGAACCUUUUUAUAUCACAUAUGUUGGCUCAGAUUAUGUCAGAAGACUGUAUUGGCAAUGCCGUAAUGGCACCUGUAGAAAUAUUAUUUUGCAAGUUAUGUACGCCAUGAAGAAUGUAGAUCUUACAUUUUCUGUAGCAUUUCCAAUGGCUUCUCUUGCGCAGUAAACAUUGUAAUACAUCCAGUUUUGACACUUCUA